GGGAGGCGCUACGCCCGCUUCUAGUAAUUUCCAGGCGCUGCCGGCGGCUGGGGCCGGGGCCGUGCGGGAGCCUGCGGCAGCGGAAUCCGAGACCAGAUGGCCAAGUGGGGUGAGGGUGACCCACGCUGGAUCGUGGAGGAGCGAGCAGACGCCACUAACGUCAAUAACUGGCACUGGACUGAGAGGGAUGCUUCAAACUGGUCCACUGAUAAGCUGAAGUCCCUGCUUCUGGCAGUCCAAGUGAAAAGUGAAGAGGGUAACUGUGAGGUGACAGAAGUGAGCAAGCUUGAUGGAGAGGCAUCAAUCAAUAAUCGUAAAGGCAAACUCAUCUUUUUCUAUGAGUGGACUAUCAAACUGAACUGGACAGGUACGUCUAAGUCAGGAGUGAAAUACAAGGGACAUGUGGAGAUCCCCAACUUAUCAGAUGAAAAUGACGUCAAUGAAGUGGAGGUUAGUGUGAGCCUUGCCAAAGAUGAGCCUGACACAACUCUGUUGGCCUUAAUGAAGCAAGAAGGUGUGACAAAGAUCCGAGGCGCAGUGGAAACUUAUAUCAGGACUCUUAAAACAGAAUUCACGCAGGGCAUGAUCUUACCUACUCUGAAUGGCGAGGUGGUAGAUCCAGCACCCCAGCUGCCAGCAAAAGUUGAGGAGUCCAAAGUCAAAACUGGUACUUUUGCAAGUCAGCCUAAGUCUGUUGGUGUCAAAAUUCCUACCUGCAAGAUCAUUCUGAAGGAUACUUUCUUAACAUCACCAGAGGAACUCUUUAGGGUAUUUGUCACCCAAGAGAUGGUUCAGGCCUUUACCCAUGCUUCUGCUGUGUUAGAAGCAGAUAAAGGUGGAAAGUUCCAGCUGCUUGAUGGCAACGUCACCGGGGAAUUCUUAGAUCUGGUCCCUGAAAACAAGAUAGUGAUGAAAUGGAGGUUUAAAUCUUGGCCUGAGGGUCACUUUGCCACCAUCACCUUGACCUUUAUUGACAAAGAUGGAGAGACAGAGCUUCUCAUGGAGGGCAAAGGCAUCCCGUCACCGGAGGAAGAGCGGACAAGACAGGGCUGGCAGCGGUACUAUUUUGAGAGCAUCAAACAGACCUUUGGCUAUGGCGCACGCUUAUUCUAAUGUUAACUUCUACAGGGCCACGGUCCACCCGGCAGCUCAGUCCAGCUCUCUACUGUCCUGCAGCUGUGACUGGCAGGAUUGCACCAUCCCAACCACUACUGUGGGGCUUGUGCCCCCUCCCCAUUCAUAUACCGAGGGUUUGUGCAUGUUUUCUGCUGGGUGGGAUCAGACAGUGAAUUCUCUUUUAUGUGUACAUACGCUAAAUAAACAUAACUUAAAAAAAAACCCACACGCACACACGGAAGCAGUGUCCAUAAUCUAAUGAAGAAUCACUGUAGAGAGCUGGUUUUCUUUGGAUUUGGGAUGAAGGAAAGUAAGAUAAGACUUUGUUUCUGAUUAUAAAUGCCAUCCACGUUUCAUCAAA